CGUGACACGGGCAGAGCGCUUCCUGCGGCGGUGUUAACAGAACUGGCGAUUUCGGGAAACUAGAAUUGCACUUAUAGGCGAUGGCCUCUGCUUCCCUCCCGGCAUACAACCCCAGUCCCCUGGAGAACAGCAGCUCCAGCCAAAACGCAUCCAGGGAGAGUCUGAAGAUGGAGCCCCUAGCAGAUGUUGCCUUACUGCCGGGAGAGGAGAGAGUGAUAGACAAAGACCUCAUCUACAUGUGCCCGUUCCAUGGAGCGCUCAAAGGCAAAGUUUUCAUCACCAACUACAGACUGUACUUCAGGAGCACUGACAUGGAGUCCACGGUUACCCUAGACGUGCCACUGGGUGUGAUCGGCAGGAUAGAGAAGAUGGGCGGAGCCUCCAGUCGAGGGGAGAACUCUUAUGGGCUGGACAUCACCUGCAAGGACAUGAGGAACUUGCGGUUCGCUUUGAAGCAGGAAGGCCACAGUCGCAGAGACAUCUUUGGGGAGCUGUUCAAAUACGCGUUUCCCCUCUCUCAUGGAAUGCCACUGUUUGCGUUCCUGAGUCAGGAGAAGUUCGAGGAGAACGGCUGGAGCGUUUACAACUCCAUAGACGAGUACAGGCGCCAGAAUCUGCCCAGCGAGCAGUGGAGGAUUUCUUUCAUCAAUGAGAGCUAUGAGCUGUGCGACACUUACCCCGUGCACCUGGUGGUCCCGUACAAAGCCACAGACGAGGACCUACGGAGGGUGGCCACUUUUCGCUCACGCGGCCGCAUCCCGGUACUGUCUUGGAUCCACCGGGAGAACCAGGCGGUGAUCACGCGCUGCAGUCAACCCCUGGUGGGCAUGAGUGGAAAGCGCAAUAAGGAUGAUGAGCGCUACCUAGACAUCAUCCGUGAGGCCAACGGCACGCCCAGACUCACCAUCUACGACGCCAGACCCAACGUCAACGCCGUGGCCAACAAGGGGUGUGUGUUUUGUCUGCUUGAAUGGUUACUCGUCAUACCAACGGCCGUAACUGAGGCCACGGGAGGGGGUUACGAGGGUGACGACGCCUACCAGAACGCUGAUCUGGUCUUCCUGGACAUCCACAACAUUCACGUGAUGAGGGAGUCACUGAAGAAGCUGAAGGAUAUAGUUUACCCCAAUGUAGAAGAGGCGCACUGGCUCUCCAGUCUGGAGUCUACGCACUGGCUGGAGCACAUCAAGCUGGUGUUGUCGGGGGCGAUCCAGAUCGCGGAUAAGGUGUCGUCGGGCAGCUCGGUGGUGGUGCACUGCAGCGACGGCUGGGACCGCACGGCUCAGCUCACCUCUCUGGCCAUGCUGAUGCUGGACUCGUACUACCGCACGCUCAGGGGCUUCCAGGUGCUGCUGGAGAAGGAGUGGAUCGGCUUCGGACACAAGUUCACCUCGAGAAUCGGCCACGGAGACAAAAACCAUGCAGACCAGGACCGGUCCCCCAUCUUCUUGCAGUUCGUGGACUGUGUGUGGCAGAUGACCAAACAGUUCCCAACUGCCUUUGAGUUUAACGAGCGUUGCCUGGUAACCAUCCUGGACCACCUGUACAGCUGUCGCUUUGGCACUUUCCUCUACAACUGCGAGAGCGUCCGUGACAGCAACAAGGUCCGGUCAAAGACGGUGUCUCUGUGGUCUCUGAUAAACAGCGACAAGGCUGCCUACGUAAACCCCUUUUACACGUCCGACUGCAGCCGCGUGCUCUACCCGGUCGCCAGCAUGCGCCACCUAGAGCUGUGGGUGAAUUACUACAUCCGCUGGAAUCCUCGCAUACGGCAUCAGCAAAGUCCGGUGGAGCAGCGCUAUAAGGAGCUCCUGGCACUUCGAGAUCAGUAUCUAAAGAAGCUGGAGGAGCUGCAGCUGUCCGACUCAACCCCUUCUUCUGCACGCCUGACUAACAGCUCCACCCCAAACGCUCCCUUGCCUAACCAGCACCUCACACACCUGCAGACGCCCUUCUGAUCUCAUAGGCACCAUGACAACAUGGGACGUUUGUACAUAGCAAUAGAAUUAAUUAUGGUAACAGUUAGUAGUGAUGUUGGCGAUAACAAGUAACACACACACACACACACACACACACACACACACACACACACAAAAAACGUGCUUAUGCAAUAAUGUCACAGUACGGCCUUCGUAGAGCAGAAGUCAGUAAUGGGUGACAUGAAGCCUUAAAGAGACGGUGAUAUGCUGUUUUGUGUACUAAUGAACGUGGUGUGGGCACAAGGCUGUAGCUCUUCCUAAAGUGUACAGUUGGAAGCAAGUUAAUUGGUCAGCAUUAACACAUCGGGAUAGAGGAUCGGGAAUGAGGUAGUUGGAUGUGACUUUGUGCAGUGUGUGUCAUAUGGUCUGCUUGAAUGGUUAUAAAUGGGUAUAAAUGUCUGGAGCUGAUGGUGAUUCCCUAGAUCAGAACGAGCAAAAUUCUAAUCCUAAAGAGGAAAAGGAGUUCCAUUAGGUUCAUUUCUCAGCGAUGUAACUACUUUGGGGAAUACUGUCCGGUUUAUGAUCAGCUAUUGACUUUGGCUUGUAUAAUGUCCACUCAAUCCAGUGUAAACCAGAGGCUGUGAACCUCGGCUUCUUUAUAAGCAAUCUCCUGUCAGUGUUGUAGACUUGGGACAAGUUUGUGACCAUGACGGGCCAUGAAGCCUUCGUCUUGAGAGAGUCCAAGAAGCGUUUGUCUUGAUAUUGUGUGAAUGUUGUUUUGUUGUUUCAAGCAUGCAGGACAUUGGCUGCUCAAGACAGACACAUCUGCAGAUUGGGAGGAAAAUAUCCUUUAAAAAAAUGCUUUGGAUGCGCUUAUCAAACAGAACCAGGGUUUAGGGGCUCAAGAGAGCAGUUCUGUGCCUUCUCUGUCUGAGGUAUCCUGUAACCUCAAGUAGACAUUUUAUAAGCAAACCUUUUUUUUUUUUUUUUUCUGUAGGCAGCAUCAGUUGCAACAAUAGAUGACGACUUCUGGCUUUCUGCCUUAGACUGACGGGGUCACCCUUGGGUCGCCAUGCACCUAUGGCGUUGGGUUACCUCUUUAAUCGACGUACAAUCGCCACGGAGGCUUCAGCGAGGGUUUUGGCUCUCUUCCUAUGGAUGGGAGCUCCUGUGACCUACCCGGUCCCUUUAACCUGAAGCCAUAAGAUAUUGGGCUGGGAGAAGGUGUCCUGGCGAGCUGGUCCAGAGUCAGUUCUACCUGUUGCAAAUACUGAAUUAAGACUGACCGUAAGAGUCGAGCAGCUCAGCAGGACACCGGGGUGCCAUAACUAAUGCUGCCUCAGAAAAGCUUACCUUUUGAAGUCUGGCCUCAAUGAGGAGAUGAAGUUUAAACCAUACUGUUAGAAGUAGUAGAGAAAAACAACAAACACAAACACUUUGCUGUUGGUUGUGUUUUUAGGGGGAAAAAUCUAUUUUUUAUUUUGUACAAGUACCAUAACUAUGUAAUUACCUCAACAAAGCCUAUUUUACUGUUGAAAGUUCUAUUGUUGUAAAAUACAUAAUUAUUUUAUUCAGUGUAAAAUUUGACAGUUUUAUAAAAUGGAAAGUAAUAACAAAACAUAUUUUGAUUGGUUGAACAGAUGGUAAUUAGUGGUUAUCAUGUAUUUCUUUACUUAGUGGGCAUUGGUUUUAUGACAGAUUUGAGAACAAUCUCAGAUAUUUGUAAGACUGUCAGUAGGGAAUUUUUGUUCUCAACCCCUUUGCUCUGUGUGUGAGUUUGAGUGAGGGAAUGCUGCACACUUUUUGUGGGUUAUUAUUAUUUUUUUUAGGAAUCCUCUGUUGGGCCUUUCAGGGGUCCACUUUCAUGUUCUUGUAUUCCCUCCUGUAUGCUCCACUGUCUGAUGGCCAGCUAUUGUUCUGUAAAUAAUGCUGAUUAAAUUAAUUUAAAGAUUU